UAAUGUGUGACUGAAAGUUUCCACUUCAAAGACAAAGCUCAGACUGAGAAGCAAGCAGUGGACACGGUGUAGUGGGAACAGAAGUUACUGUAAUCAUAACAGCACUCUGUGCAUGUACUUUCUAGAUCUGCAAAAAGAUGGCAGAGAUACCUGUCACUGGGUUUCCAGGCAUCACCGACGAUUAUUUCUACUUUCUAAUGUUUGACCCUUCAUUGGUUUCAACAUCUUGUGAAACAUCAGGCGUCAGAAACUUUGGGAAGAUUUUUAUGCCCUGUUUUUAUUCAGUUGUAUUUCUGACAGGACUUCUGGGGAACUCUUUGGUUGUUGUGAUAUACGUUUACUAUGAGAAGCUGAAGACCGUGACAGAUGUCUACAUGAUGAAUCUGGCGAUUGCUGACUUGCUCUUUCUCUGCACCCUGCCAUUCUGGGCGGUUGAUGCAUACUCUGAAUGGAUUUUUGGAACUUUUAUGUGCAAACUUGUGAAUGGUGCAUACACUGUCAAUCUUUACAGCUGUAUGCUAAUACUCACCUGUAUAAGUGUCAACAGGUACAAAUCUAUUGUUCAAGCAACAAAAAUGCUUAAUAAUGGAAAGAAAAUACUUCACAGUAAGUUAGUGUGUGUGAGCAUUUGGGUAUUUGCAAUCAUUUUGACUCUUCCAGAAUUCAUACUAAGCAAAGCAUAUUCUGGAUUACCUGAUAAAACAAUCUGUACUGUAGUAUAUCCUUCAGAUUUCAGUAGUGUCAUCAAAGUAGGAGUGUAUGUAACCCAGUUGGUAGUGGGAUUUCUGAUACCCUUUCUGGCCAUGAUCAUUUGCUAUUCAGUCAUCGCAAAAACUCUGCUCCAGGAUAAGGGGUUUCAGAAGCAGAGAUCAUUAAAGAUUAUCGUUGUAGUUGUAGUUGCAUUUGUGAUUUGUGAGCUGCCAUUCAGCAUUAUUUUGUUGAUGCAAACUCUACAGAUCUUCAGUGAAGAAAUUCCUAGUUGUGAAUACACAGUGAAUGUAGACUAUGCAAUUAUUGUAACGGAGAGUUUAGCAUAUCUACACUGUUGUCUCAAUCCUAUUCUUUAUGUAUUUCUUGGUGUGAAGUUUAGAAAUAGUUUUCUGAAGAUUUUAAAAGAUAUUGGCUGUAUCAGUCAAAAACAAAUGGCUGGGCUUCUGAAAACUGAGUGUGAGACAUCACGACCUGUCUCAGGUGUAUCCGAAUCAACAAGUAUACAUCCUUUAUAACAGAUACUGUUUGUACCAGUGUUGAUUGCUGGAAAUGGCAUUAUAAUUUCACGAAAGGUUUUCCCAUUGGAAGGAUAGGACCAGCUCUAUUUACCAAAGAGUAGCCCCUAGGCACCCAUAUUCCUGCCAUAAAAACAACA